GUUUGUCACCGUCGCCCUCCUUGUCUUCCCGCCUUUCCCUCCCUCCUCCCUCCCCCUCCUCCCCUGCCAAGAGCCUCGCUCCUCCCGCCGCGCCCCUCCUGUCACUCCUCCCUCCCACCUCUUUGUGAUGGACGCCGAUUCCCAUACGCCACUUAACCAGGGCACCGGGUCGUCGUCGACCCCCACAGCUGACGCGGCUUCGGCCGGCGCCACUGCGGUCGAUCCCUCGGCCAGCUUCGUGUCCAAGGCCGUCAACACCCUCUCCACCCUGUAUGAGACCGGCAAGUCUUCCUCGUCCCUGAUGAAGAUUGGCGAAUCCCUCUACAAACCCCUCCAGUCGCUGGUCGAGGCGGCCGCCGCCGCAUCCAUCGAGGGCGCGGACUUCCCGGCCGCCAACAGCUCCGGCACCCGGACGCCCACUCAAUCGACCGAUGCGCCCGGCGGGUCGGGCGCCCAGUCGCAGCAAAAUGCCGACACCUCGGCCGGCGAAACCGAGGCCAUGUCCCUGCACAAUGCGGCCUUCCAACACUGGGAGCGCAUGCGCCAGAAGGGCUUCGAUGUGAUUGCCAUCUUCCGGGAGGCUCUCAAUUACAUGCAAAUCGCCCAGAACCACGUCCACCAGAACUCCACUUGGCUGCUGGAGCAGCUGGAAGUGGCGCGCACGAUUGUCACCAAUUACGCGUCGCAGUUCCACGCCAGCCUCCAGUUCCACGAGCGCCAGCUCCUGUCACCGGAGGAGCGCCAGCAGCAACUCCUUCAGGCCCGGCAAUAUCUUCAAGUCCAGAUCUCCACCAUCUACUCGACUCUCUUUGCUCGGAUCCAGUCCAUCCGCUCGGACAUUGCCGGAACCCUCCGCACGGUGGUCGAGCUCGUGUCCAAGUCCGCCAGCGCCCUGCCGAUUGUUUCGCAAAACGCUGUCCGCCAGAUGAUCAUGUCGAUUCCCGGAAAAUGGGCCGCCCUCUCUUCGGCUUUCUCGCUCGAGGGUCCGGCCCAGACGCAGGAGUAUGUCAUCCGCGUGGGCACCAUCGUGGCGCACAUUGCCCAGGAGAUUUCCCGUGCGCUGGCAUCCAUCGCCCAGGUGUUCGAGCAGAACAUCACCCGGGCGUCGGGCUUCCUGACCAACAUCAACCGCUGGGUGCCGGGCGGGCACCCGGGGCCGGUCUUGCUGACGACCGGCGCUGGGUCCGCCGAUGCCGGGCCCACUUGCGACUCGAGCGGGUCUGCCCACCAUGGGCAUGGCGGGCACCAGUCGCAGGCGCAUUCCGCAUGCUCCGGCUCGGCGACCGGCGGCGGCGGCGAGGCCGCCGGCGGAUCGCCGACCGACGAGGACCUCGGUCCCGCGGUGGAGGCCGCCCUGGGUCUGGCCUCGCCCACUGGCACCACCGACAUUGAUGCAUCCACGGCGGCCGUGCUGCAGAGUCUGCUGAACUCGGCGGCGGCCGCGGCCGCGGUCGCCUCCUCGCAGCAGAAGGGCGCCGGGCCGGCCGGUUCGGCUGUCGCAUCCACCGGCAAUGGUCCGCUGAUGACCCCGGUGUCGGUGUCGGUGUCGGUGUCGACCUCCCCCUCCUCGGCCGGCCAGUCGCCGGACACCGCCGUCAUGGUCGGCGGUGGUGGUCCCGCCUCGGUGCCGAGCACCCCGCCCCGGUCGCACCGGCUGAAGGGCGUGCGCGCCCUGCUCAAUGACGAGGCCGAGGGGAACUCCCCCUCGAUGGCGGCCCCGGAGGCUGCCACCAUGGAUGUCGACGCCUCGGAGUCGGCUGCCGGCUCGCCCCUCGAGGCGGAGGCCGCCCCGGCCGCUGGUGGCGCUGCCUCCUUCGGCGUCACCGAUUCCAGCUCCGACUCCGAGAUGGCCGACAUGUCCGGGUGACACCUGUGCCGUCCGCCGUCCGCCGUCCGCCGCCGCCGCCGCCGCCGCGCGCGCACUCGUUCGUUCGCUCGCAUGCGCGCAUACAUAUCUACCUUCCCCCCUCCCUUCCCUCAUCUCUGUCACCCUCCUUUCAAAAGGAGGCCAGCGUGCACUUCCCGUGCCUCAGAGCGAUCCCUCCCUCCUCUUGCGCGCACGCCAUCCGCGUCUGAGCUUGUCUGUCCUUGUUUCUCCCCAGCCUCCCGCCCUCUGGUGCACGGCCCUCCCCCCCCCUUGAGGAGGUAAUAUACCCGAAAAUAGUGUCCCGUUCCC